AUGCGCGAUCGCAAGGCCUUCACCCUCAUCGAGCUGCUCGUCGUCGUCGCGGUCAUCGCGAUCCUGAUCUCGAUCCUCCUGCCGGCGCUGGGCAAGGCCCGCUGCGCUGCCCGGGCGAUCCAGGCGGCGAACAUCCAGCGUCAGAUGGCGAUCGGCGCCGCGUCCUACGGCGUGGAGAACAAGCAGUUCUUCCCCGGCGUGAACACCUCCGGCCUGACGGCGCUCGGGCACAUCAUCGCCGGCAACCUCGAUCGGUUCGACGAGAACCCCGGCCUGCCCGUCCAGACGCUCGACUGGAUGUCGCCCGCCCUGGGCGACGAGCUCCCCGACGAGCGCAACGCGCGGUUCGCCACGCUCAUGUCCGUCUUCGCCGACCCGGCGCAGAAGUGGCCCGUGACCUUCCUCGGUUCCGGCAACGGCAACGUCCAACCCGACCAGGGCGCCGCCGACCUCGCGAUGUACCUCGAGAACGAGUGGUACGGCGAGCCGCUCUCGGCCGUGAGCUUCCUUCAGCCCGCCAACUUCCAGCUCUACGGCGGCGACUCCAUCGUCGACAUCCAGGGCGGCGGCCCCUUCGGCGGCGGCACCGUGCUCGGCGUUCGCCGACUCGGCCAGGACAACGCCAGCGGUAUCGAUGGCCACGAAUACGGCUCCACCACCGGCACCGCCGUCAUCCCCGAAGGCUACGCACCCCGGUACGACAAGCUCCGCAACCAAUCCGAGAAGAUCUACUCGGCGACCGGCACGCGCUUCGUCACCGACAGCGGCAUCCCCUCGACCAACGGCGGGUGGCAGGUCGAUAUCUACGGCGACUUCUGCUCCUCGGGCCCGACCUUCCGCGGCUCGAACGCCUACGGCGACAUGCACGCCUCGAGCAUGGGUCUCAACCUCCCGAUCAGCUACCGCCACUGCAACAUGCGGAUGGUGGCCGCGUUCUGGGACGGCAGCUCCCAGCAGCUGAGCAUGACCGAGAGCCGGGAUCCCAAAUACACGUGGCCCACCGCCUCCCGGUUCACCGCGAGCGAGUGGGAAGAGGUCCAGGCCGGGUACGAGCCCGGCGACCGCAUCCCCUGA